AUGCUGAAAGCCAAAGCCAAAGCCAAAGCCGUCAGUCUUCCCCCUUCCUGCGCUUCCCCGUAGCUCCUGCCCCUGCCCGCAAAGGCCCACGACCGACCCACUCACUCUUUACACACCUCCCCACAGACCGCAGCCAAACAAAAGAAACUCGCCGCCGAACGCGCCGCCACCGCAGCAGCAGCAGCAGCAGCAGCAGCAGCAGCUCAACAUGCCCAAGCGGCUCAGGCGAUUCCCAACCCUGUUGUAGGGAGCAGGUCAGGACCGGGUGGCAGACCUAGUGUUACGCGUGAGUAGGGGGAUUGGAGUAGUGUUAUGGGAGCGGUGGAUGAUGCUGAUGGAAUGUUUUAACGUGGUAGAAUAUUGGGUCGAUAAUCAGUCGUCCAUGCUGUCCAGCGGUGGAGGGAUACAGAGGAUAGGGUACGGGCACGGCAACACACAUGCGGGGGAUCUAUUCCGAAAGCUCAUGCUACCCUUUAUGUCCUGCUACUGCAGGUAUGACCAAGCCGCGUUCGAAGACGGCGUGCGCAACGUGAUCCUUGAUCCAGAGCCGGCGAGCUUUGAUAAGACUGCAGCUGCUGGGGAGGGUGGGGAAGGGGAGAAAAAGUCGGAGGCUACGACAACUACAACAGAGGGAACAACAGAGGAGAAGAAAGUGGAUGGCGGCGCCAGGGAGAAGAGCGAGGUGCAAGUCGAUGAAGAACUCGUUGCCGUUCUGGUACGUUUCUCGGACGCAGGUGCGGAUCCUCACCAGCCUAAACCCCCAUGCUUUUGAUUUCGUAGACCAAAGAAUUCGAUCUCACUCCAGAAGUCGCCACUGCCCUCCUCCAAACCCACCAAAACGACCUUUCCUUAACAAUCGAGGCCCUCCUCACUCCGCCGAGUCACCAUUCGGCUCCUUCGGGUCGUCCGGCGUCCAAGCUCGUUUCCGUAUCAAAUUGA